AUGGAGAAGCUGCCCGAGCAGUUUCGCUUGACUAUUACGAGAGGGCAGAACUUCCUGGAGUGGUCAAUGGAGGAAAUGCUACAAGCCUUUGAGAAAGAGCUCGAACUACGUGAAGCGCACGAUGCGGUGGGAUCGAGUCGGGUCGAGAAUGUUUCUAAGUCAGAAGAUGAGUUAGAAGUAGAUGUUCUGAUAGGGGCAGACUACCUUUGGAGCUUUCAGACAGGGACAACCAAGAGAGGUAAAUCAGGAGAACCUGUUGCUAUAGAAACAGAAUUAGGGUGGGUUUUAUCAGGACCGCUGAGAGUACAAGACAUUGAGAGAGCGGAGCCAGUCCAAGUGAAUUUUGUAGCACAGAGAUUGAGUAGUGAAGACAGUUUGGAGAGUAAUGUGCAAAAAUUAUGGAGUUUUGAAGGGUUAGGCAUUAGUGAGGAAGAUAAGGUACAUGAAGAGUUUUUAGAUGAAAUAUCAUUUACAGGAAGUAGAUAUUCAGUCAAACUGCCCUGGAAGGAGAGCCAUAAGAAGUUGCCUGACAACUAUGCAAAUAGCUUAAGUAGAAUGAAGGGUCAGCUGCGACGACUGAGGAAAGAGCCAGCAUUGUUAGCAGAGUAUGAUUCUAUCAUCAGAGACCAGGUAGAGCGAGGGAUAGUGGAGCCAGUAUCUGCAUUAGAGAAGGUUGAAAGGGUUCAUUAUUUACCACACCAGGCAGUUAUUCGCAGGGAGGCAGUGACCACUAAACUCCGGAUCGUCUAUGACGCAUCAUCCAAGGAAGCAUAUUAA